UGACAAUGGCCAACGGGAGAAAGGAUUCUAGGCUUUCCGCGCAGGUACCGGACAGUGUGCAUGCAUCGAACGGGCUCGUCGCUCUCCUUUAAGUGAAUCUGCAAAGCGAACGGCGGCAGACGCGCAGCAUCAGCACCGAGAGGCUCGCAACAGCUGGUCUCCCUGCGCCCCCGACGAGAGAACAAACCCGGGGAGGGACGGUAGGGAGAGGGGGGCAUGCGGUCAAAGAGGACGCCGUUUCCCCCCGGAGAGCCAUGGAGAACCGGGAUGCGGCAGCGCGAAGCUUAAUCUGUGCGGGCGCGCUAAUUGGAUCGGAAUAGCACCGAUAGCUGCGGGCGCGAUAGAGGAGCGCCCUGGACCGGCGGAGGCACGGCACCCCACCGAGGAGAACCAACCGGAGUCCGUCUCCCCCCAAGUCAAUGAGUAUUGUGGCAGAGCAGCCCCCGCGGUGGAGUCGGCCAGGGCAGCACUUUCCUAAAAUAUGACCAGGGGUGCUUGGAUGCGUCGGCAGCAUGAUGAGGGCUUAAAAUACUGGUUUGCACCCCGAGAGAACGAGAAGCCAUUUACCGAGUCGGAGCGGGCCCAGAGAUGGCGACUGUCGCUGGCCUCUCUGCUGUUCAUCACCGUCCUGCUCUCUGAUCACUUGUGGUUCUGCGCCGAGGCGAAACUGACGCGAACCCGAGACAAGCGGUCGGACGAGGGGCUUGCAAUUACGGACAUGGGCGAGUACCCAAACUCCCUACACCGACACCAUAUCCCAACAUCACCUGACCCCAACCGUCUCGCCAGAGAGCAAGAUGUUAUUUUUCUAGGGAAUUCUACCAAACCUCUGUGGCGAAUGGACACCUGUCAUCCAGACAGCCUGUCCAAAGACUGCUUUACUUUCACGGACGCGAGGACCGUGUGCCUGGGCCUCUCCGAUGGAGGGGAAAAGGGGACACAGUUGGCGUACGUGAAUCUGAGCGAUUUGUACCUUUCUUUUUGUAAUUCCUACUCACUUUUGGAUUUGUUUUACGGGUUUACGAGUCCGGACGAUUUGAAUUGCACCCUGGAUAUGGCCAUGGGGGUGGAGGGAUGCAGCAAGUGUAUCCGGGCUUAUCAGCUUCUUGACCAGCAGGCGGAGGAGAAGUACCAGGAGUUUGAACUGCUGGUUCAGAAAUACGAGACGGAUGCAUACUCGGUUAGGACGUGCAUGGAGGAAUGCAAGAUGGUUUAUAAGCCCUGGCUGUGUUCUCAGUACUUCCAGACCACCCAGAUACACUGCAGUAAGCGAAUCCCCUGUGGUCAGUACUGCCUGGAGGUGCAGCAGCGGUGCCCCUUCGUCCUGCCCGACAAUGAUGAUCUCAUACAUGGAGGCAGCCCCAGUUUUAUAUGCACAGGGCUGCUGGAGGACUAUCCAUCAGGUGUUGACCCGGCUGCAGAGUGCUGCGACGUGCGGUGGGACUUGAAAGUGGACAACCGUUCCCGGGGGACCCUGAAAAGAACUCACCCGCCAUGCCAGCACCGUACCUCCCUCAGCUCCUCGGCAGCCUGCAGACUGUGUAACAGCCGGCUCAAACUCUGCCUGCUGGUCCUCGUCCUCCUACACACUGUUGCCAGCCUCACUGCAUCCCACAAUGCAACAGGACUGGGCCUCCCCGCCAUCACGCCUCUGGAGGAGAGCCCUGCCAACGAGGAGUGAUAGAGCUGCCAGGAGGAGGUGAGGUUGUCGGGGUGGGGGAUUCCCUCACCAUGGCAACUGCUGUGGAAAAAUACAGCCACAGUUGUGCGAACGGCUGGAGCUGUGUGCCUGUGGACAUACUGCAACGCUUUUCUGGCAAACGGAAAAUAUGGGAAUUUCAAGACAAAAGACACACAAAUCAAUCAAAACAAAUAAAUAAGUAAACAAACAGACACACUAAGGGACUCAACCGGUCCCUUAGAUAGAAAGGGGACAAUGCCACAGCCUUUGUUGAGUGGGAAGGUCGGCUUCCCCAUGGCUGAGUUUCUCUCACUACGCUUUUUUACACUGUGUUCCAAUUAUUGGUUUCUGUUGCACUGGCUGACUAUGGAAUAACACAAUCAUAUUCUCUUUCUAAUGUUCAUCCUUUGUGUUUGUUUCUGGUUCUCUCAUACAGGAAGAAAUUGUGUUCUCUUAAUAAGACAGAUAAUGUGUAAAAAAAAAAAAAAAAUAGCUGCAAGUGUGUGUGUGUGUGUGUUUCUAGAUUUACCGUGUGUGUGCAAGUAUGCGUGGGUGUGUGUGUGCUUGUAUGCAUGUCUUUACAUGUGUGUGCGCACGAGAGGAUGAGUGUGAGUUGCUGACACAUACCCUAAAAGUCGAGCUAACAGGCUGGUGCAGCGAUGAUGUUUUUAUGGAGCCCCUCCCCUAAUAAAUCUCCCCAGAUGUCACUUUGCUCUGCCCUGCUGGUUUGUUGGCCACAAUCCCAUCAGAACCUCACUGGGUUUUGAAGGUGGUCCUGAUGCCCCGAAUAAGCAGCGUGUUUAACACAGGUUUAUGGUUUUCCUUCACUUUGUUUUGUGAGAUAAAAUAUCAACCGUUUAACACAGUUUUAAAGGAUGACAACAUUUCUUUAACUAGCGGCAGUAAAAAGCAAACACCUGGCCAAACUGUGGAAAAUAUCAGAAACAAGCAGGAUGUUUUCCUCUAAUUAUUGAAAUCUCUAUUUUAUUAAGACAUCUUGUCAUAGUUUUUCUAUCACAACACUCGCAAUGUUUAUUGCUUUUAGGAAAUGGAAAGAAAUAAAAUUAUUCUGGCAGGGAAAAGACAGGAGCUGUCAGUUUAAACAAAACAAAAGUUAGCCAAACUUAUAUGAAAGAUAAUAUCAUAAAAUUUUAAUUUUGGGUUCAUUCACUUUCAGUUUUAUGCCAAAUACAAAUAUUCUGGCUCAAAUGAUGUUUAUAAAUUAUGUCAUUUGAUGGCUUGAUUUUCUUUGAUUGGACUUAAUUAAAGCAAAAGUAUUUCUUCAUCUCUGUUACGUAAAAUGUAAUCAUAAUCAAUAAAACUGUAAAAAAAAAAAAUAAUAAUAAUAAUAAUAAAAAGGAAAAAUUAUAAAUCAAGCUGUAUUAAUCCAAAAUGACCCUUUAAGCCACAGCAUCCAUCCAACACAAUGAUUGGAUUGAGCCUAAAAUGACGUAUUUAAUAUAUUAAUAUAUUGAUGAUUUUAACUGUGUUUUUAAUAAAGGUGAACAAAGGACAGCUAUUAAACUCUAAUAAAAAACUAAACUAACAUAAAACUUUCUCAAUAAAUCUAAAGAGUUAGCCUCUUGUUAGCAACUUCUUUUGUGGCAAAACAACAACAAAGAGGACAAUUAUAUCUCAUAGAACAAAACAUGAAACUGUGUUAAGCUCGUCUUCACCAAAGAUGUUAUUUCAGGCGUUUUACCAAAACCCCAUUCAGAUUGUGGUCACUCUUCAGCAACAUUGCUCAGCAAAGUUAUCUGACAUCAUGAUUACAGCACUGGAUCAAUAUGACACUAUUCACUGUUGUUCCAGAUGGAGGAGCUUUUCUUAUUUUACAUUUUAAAAAGGUACUAUCCAGUCAAAUAUUGUCCGCAACAUAAAAACGAUGCUUACUGAAGGUUCCCUUGUCUCCUUCUCCCUGUUGGUCACAUUCGAUUAUUAAAGGAAAACAUAACCCCCAAAAUGAUUGUUUGUAUAUCUGUUACUCACUGCUUGUUACCUUGAGUAGUUGAUGAAAACAUUGUUUUUCCUGCAGGUCAUCGUGAACGAAGAAUCUAAAAAAUUGAGAAAAUUCUUGAUGAAUUGAAGUAAACGGGGUUUGGGUUUAACGACAGCAAAACUAUAUCAGAAAUGCCAAUUAACUGUUGCAUGGGAAGCAUGCAACAAAAACAAACUAAUUUUCUUCAAGAAUUCAAGGUAACAUUGGGUGAGUAAUUUAUAUACAAAUAAUAAUUUUGGGGGUGAAGUAUUCUUUAAAUCAAAUGUGAACACAGAACAGUUUAAACAUACAGUGCUUAACAUACUUAUUAGACCAUCCAUCCAAAAACAGAAAUAUUUUGCUUUCUUUCAUAAGCUUGUUUAAAACUAAAAUGUUAUUGUUAUUUAUUUGGCAAAUAACAAACUGAAUUCACCUUUUUAUACCCAAAUUUGAGUUGAAGUCAGAAAUUAAUCAAGCAGAACAUUCAACCAAAACCAAAUUUUUUUCUGUUCAGGAAUGCAAGUAAAUAACUAUAAUUUCACAUCUUAAUCAAGAAAUAAUAAUGUGCUUUACUAUUUUUACAGUUUUUUUUGUAAAACAGUAAAUUUGAAAAUUCACCCAUAACAAUACUAAUUAUAUUUUAGCAUUAAAAAUAUAAUUUCGGUUAAAGAGCUUCUGUAUUAACCAUAGCAGAAACAUAAAAAAAUGAUUCUGGUAAUUACUAAUGCUGUUAAUUUAGGACAGCUGUGGCACAAGCCGGUGGUCUAAUACAUUUGUUAAUCACUGUAUAGAAAAAAAUAUUGUACUGCCACUUCUUGAAAACAAAAACUCUAUUUACAGUUUUCCCUGAAACCAGUACUGACAGCUAUGGUGUCAUUUUAACCUCAGGCCUUUUUAUUCACAGGAAACCGGAUGACUGGAUGUUACCUUUAAGGACUUUUUAAAGAUAUAAAUUGGUAAACUGUAAUUCCCAUGCAGUUAUGAUGACAAUAAAUGUCAAUGUCUCACUAAGGUAUCAUGCUACUUGAAGAAGCAUGAAGGAAAAUGUCCACUAAUAGGUAUAUUACAUUAUAACCCGCUCCCUGGCCAUACAGAAGGACACAUAUCACCAUCACAGAGACAAUUUGUUCAAAACGGUCACUUUGUGAAAUCAAUUUUCAUGAACUGCAUGUGGAGGCUAUCUGCAAAGUUACGACGGCUUCUUUUGUUAAUUGUCCUCUGCCCCUCUCGGCACUCCACAUCUGAUCCCAAAUCAGCUCCUGUAGCAUGCCCACUGUCUCGUACUUUCUCCUCAAAACAUAAUGUCUCAUUAAGUAAAGGGCUUAUUAAGAUAUACAGAACAAACAUGAUCAUCAAACACAAUCAGACACACUCAACAUGCACAUCCAAAUUGCUAGCAGACUAAGGGUAAACAAAACAUGGCUCAUUUCCUGUUCCUUUUUAAACUUGCAGUACAGAGGCAUUCCACUGGCUGUUGCUGGAGAGCAGGAACAGAAACAAAUCCAGAGAGAGGAGCAUGUCACUGUUUGUGUAAGCACUAAUGGCAUAACCUGAUAAUCGUCUAAGUCAGCUGACACUUAUGUUUAUUUUAUAAAUGUUGACCAGCGUGUGAACAGAAAGGAAUGGCGUGACCUUAAGGGCUGACUUUUUCUUUAGUUUCUAGAUUUUCUUUUGUCUCUUCGAUGAACAAGGCUGUGAGAUCAGGUAUUCGAAGAUAAACAGAUGUUGUUGAAUGCAUUUUUUUUCCACUUUAAGUAUGUUGAUUACUUAAAACGAGAUGUCCAAUCCAAUAUCUGAUGUCAAGAAUUUUAUUAUACAGCUUAUAUGAGGAUUUAAAAUUCAUCAUUAUUCACAUCAUGUCUAUAUAACCAGUAUAUUAGCUUAUUUUGACACUUAUUCUGUUAAGACCCUGUCCCAAUCUAAACAUUACCAUUCCUGCUUGCAUGAAAUACAUAACUACUCAUUGUCAUUCAGCACAGCACACCCAUGCCCAUCUUGGAUGACCGCAGUCAGUGAUAGAAAAAUGCUGCUAUUCUAUUGGUCACCAGUAGAUGGAGAUAUUUUUAUUCUUUUAUAUUGCUACUGCUGCUGAAGACCUAUCACACAAGGACUGUCAUAGACACAGGAGUCAGGAGGGCUGAGCUCUGGAGGAGAAAGUGAUGUGGGUUGAAGUGUGCUGUGUGUGUGCGUGUGUGUGCAUAUGCAGAAAUGUGUGUUUCUGUCUGUUGCUAAUUACUGUGUGUUCUCUGGAGAGCGUUGCUACGACCUCGGGGCCUGCAGGACAGGUGUGGCAAACCACUACUGUCUUUAGACCCACAGGGACCUGCUACAUUAGUUGUCUCAUUAUUCACGGCAGCCCUAAAGCUGCAUGGACUGUAGUGUGAAACCAUCCUACUGUACAAUGUGUAAUAACCGUGUCAGUGCCCCAAGACCCAAAACAGAGUAGGGUGGGUUUUUCCCUGUACUUGCCUGAUAGAAUUUUCCCCCAACUCUUGUCUGAAAUGCAUGGGUGGAUUACUGAACGGGCCUACAGAGCACAGGUCCAGGUGCCCACUGGCCUUCAACUACUACAUAUCACUUAAACAGACGCAUACAAAUUAGGAAGAGACUCAAAAUGACCACAAAGAAACAUAAAGUAACUAUAAGGGGACACAAAAAGACUAAAAAGAGACCAAAUGACUACAGAGAGAUGAAACGCAACUGCAAAGUGUCACAGAAAGACCCUCAAUGACUAUGAAAAGUGGUAAAACAACCACAAAGAGACACCAAACAACUACAAAGAGAUGCAGAAUGACUACAAGGGCCAAAAAAAACGACCAAAUCAAUUAAGACGCAAAGGCAUAGAGAGAUAUGUAACGGCUACAAAGACAUACAAAACAACAACAAAGACUCAAAAUGACCACAAAGAAACAUAAAAUGACAGAAAAAGACUAAAAAGAGACUAAAGAAACUACAGGGAGACGCAAAGCAACUGCAAAGUGACACUGAAAGACCCUUGAUGACUAUGAAAAGUGAAAAAAAAAAACCACAAACCCACCUACAAAAUGACUACAAGGGGCCAAAUGACAACACAGAUUUGCCCAAAAAUGACCAACUACAAAGAGGGACACAAAAUGACUACAAGGAGACAUAAAAAGGACCAGAGAUGUGUAGCAACUACAAAGAGACACAGAAAUUAACACACAAUAAGAUCUGUGGUGUUGCUCCCAUGUAGGGGAGGUAGUGGGGCCUUUUGCAUGUCUGUGCCCGCCUCAUAAUCCGUCCAUGCUAAAAUAAAACAGUGCACAAAAGAUCAGGGAGAAUAAAAUGGACAAUGACAUUAAAGUGGUGCCAAAGCAUACCUUGCAUUGACCGUAACAAACCUAAUUCAUAUCUGAUAUGACACGCUGCUUUUCAUGAUCAAACAUAACGGGCAACAGGAUGAAAACAGGAUCCGUCAGUGUCUGAGAAAUGUGCCAUGCUAGCAAUAUACAGAUUGCAUCUCAUAAGCCUCACACAACCGUCAUCAUAAACACAUGUAAGGGAUCUCGUUAAGACGUACAUGUGAUUCCAUUCUGCCUACCAUGUCAGCAGUUCAGGCUGUGAUGUAACAGCCAUUACAAACUGACUGUUGGACAUGCACUCAUACAAUAAACCAUGUCUGCUUUACAUGCAGGAAUGCAUCCUCGCUGUGGUUGCAUGGGUGCAAAUGCUGUGCAUACGUGUCGUCCCUCAUGCAGCUUCAGACAUGUCCGCACCAAGGGCCAACCUUGUGUGCAAGGUUUCUUCCAGACAAUAAUAGAAUUAGAUUUGACUGAUGUAAAUCUCUGAUUUGACUUUUGUUGGUAAUGCAGGCAUGCACGCAACAGUUACUCUGCUGUGAUAUAUUUUAUUUUUUGUGUGUUUUGGUUUGUCACUUUUUACUGCAUUAUACUGAGAAGAAAUUGUGUAGGGUCCUAUAGAUUCAGUCUAGAUCCCCCGACAAUGGUCUGUAGCAGUCGUAGGGUAUGGUCUGUCACAUUCCAUAACACACCAACCUACAAAAACUAAGUUUGUGUUUCUCCCCUGCACAUAUAGACUAUGUAUGCCUCUUGCCCCUAACCCCCCGUGCACCCACCACCAAAUGGUAUGUACACAAAUAUUGCCCUCUUUCACUCCCUCUCAGCCUCUCUCUGUUUUCAUAAUAGUUCCGUUCUCUAUCCUGUGGAUCUAUGCAGAAGCCCAUUCCUUUUUUGGUUGUAAAUACGUUCCCUAGUAUGCUGAACAAUGUAUGUCUUUGCGUCCAGGUUUCCUUGUGUAUUUUAAGUUGAUGUCAUGCCGUUACUUUCUUCUUCUUCUAUUUCUAAUUAUUUUUUAUUUUUUAUUUUUGAGCGUCUGAAAUCAUUGAUGUUAAAAGAGAAUGUGGUGAGGUUUAACCAAUAGACUCGUCCUCAGCUUCGCAACCUUAUUGUGAAAGGUUGUGGUUCUGUGUGCGUGAACGCGAAAGAUUUAUGAUUAUAGAAAUGAAAAAGGUUCCAAGUCAUAUAGAAGUAUCAUUGCGAUUAUGAUUAUUAUGAUUACUAUUAUACUACCAGUAUAUUGUAAUAUUAUAGAUGCUUUAGUUCAAGUAACUUCUUUAAUUUUUUUACAAACAACUUUGAUGAAAUGAUUUAUAAAACAGUCUCACAAGUCAUGAUCUUUUCGAAAAGUAUGAAAACUACUGCUACAAUGAUAAAAUUGUGUUCUGAUGAAAAUAAAUACAGACAUAUAAUCUGUU